AUGUUAUGCCCCUUUUUUUCUUUUGGUGUUACAGACAACUUGAUACCAACAACAGUAAACAUUAGUUCUAUUCUCGGUGAAGAUGAAAUUCAAGAAAGGGUUUUUUCGGAGCCUAUACUUGAAGAGUUAGUUCCCCGCUAUACCAAGGUUUUGCUAGGCGGAUUGAAAGAGGAGGUAAAAACGGACCUUAUCAAGAAAUAUCUUCCUCCGGAAAAUUUUAAGGUCAUUGUACCUCCUGUAAUCAACCCCGAGGUCAAAGUAGCUGUUCAAGAAAACACAUUGAAGAGGGAUGCAAGGCUAUCUAAUCUACAAGGACAGGUUGCAGCUGUCAUUUCAAUAUUAAUAAAAUUCACAUCAAAAUUGGCGAAAGAAAGUGGGGAGGAAAAUAUUAAACAUAUUGAGACUACAAAUGACGCGUUACGCCUGCUUUGUGAUGUUUUUUAUCAUGAAUCAGUGUCAAGAAGGGAGCUUUUACUGCUAAAUUUGAAUAAGGACCUUAAGGAAACCUUAAAAAAUACCACCAUUUCAGAGUAUUUAUUUGGUAAAGAGCUAGAAACCACCAUAGAGGCUGCAAAGAAGCUUGAAAAGUCUGGGGAGCAGCUGAAGAUUAAAAAAUAUAAGCCAUCGUUUUCCACCAUGGCCACUACUUCAAAACAGGGAAACUUCCGGCGCCCAUUUGCAAAGGGAGUGCAACAGAUGGAGUCAUCGUAUCAACAGCAGCGUCGAGAGGAGACGCCGUCAUUGAAUGAUUCAGUGGAAUCACUAUCACAGCAGCAGCAGUGUCUAGAUGUGACACAGUUCUUAGAGUGGAUAUACGGCCAGAUAAAGCUCGACAAAAAUGAGAAAAUUAUGAGCAUGGUUCGAUGUUCUGGCAUGCUCAUUAGGCUAACCAGGCCCGUUACGAACGAAGAAGAUCCCAAAAAAGGUGUCCAAGCACCGAUCAAGGCCGAUCGCGCUGUAACCUGA